AUGGGUUUCCAUCUUUUCAUCUUUCUUGCUCUCCUCACCAUCCCCAAAUCAGAAGCCACUGCCAACCGGACUGAUCUACAUGUGGCCAUGGCCGAAAUGAGAUCAAAGUCUUACUAUAGUUUCGUAAUGCUUCUAGAGUUGCUGCACAGCAAUGGUAGCCAACCACAACUAAGUGGGGAAGUAACCUUCUUGAUGCCAGAAGACAGAAAACUAUCCGAGUUCUCCGUCUCCGUGAGCUCCCUCCGAAAUUUCAUACUAAGUCAUACGAUCCCAACCCCUCUCAACUACAACGAUUUUCUACAUUUCCCUACAGGGACCCUUAUCCCAUCUGGCAUCCAAACCAGGAUGAUUACUAUCCAGAACCACGGCCGGUCGAAUUUCUUGGUUAAUAACGCCCAAAUUGUAGCACCUAAUGUUUGCCAAAGCUCUUCCAUAAGGUGCCACGGGAUCGACAAAGUCAUUGAAUACUAG